AUGACACAGCAGGAGGCGGAGCACGCUGCUCUGGCCACGAAGAGGGCGCAGCUUACCGCGUCUUGGCGCGUUCUUGAGGCCCGCGUCGCCGCGGCGCGCGCCACCAACGAGGGCGAGCGGCGCGCCCUGGAGGAGCAGCAGAAGCAGCAGGCCACCGAGGCGCUUGCCAGGGAGAGGCAGGCGCAGGCGCAGGAGGAGACGGUUCUAGCCAGCGAGAGGGCGGCGGAUGCCUCCCAGGAUGAAUUGGCCCGCCUGAAAGGCGAGGCUGACCAGGUCCACGCCGAACUCCAACACCGGGAGGAGGAGGUCACCAUCAGGGAGACCGACGUCGGCAUUACGACAGCGGACCUAGAAGCCCGGGAGGAACUGCUGAUUCUCUGGGAGACGGAGGCCGCUGAGGAGGUGUUGGCCGCGGCCGCUUGGGAGGAGCGGGCCUCCAAGUGGGAGUCCGAGCUGACCGCCUGCGAGCAGGCCCUCUCCGCCCUUGCGGAGCGGGUGAAGCGGGAUGAAGCCCAGGCGACCUGCGCGGCCGGGGGACAGGGCUUCGAGGAGCGGCUGCGGCGCGCGACGGAGGAGCUCGAGGCCGCCGAGACCGAAUGGGCCAAUGUGAAGCGGAUGAUGGAAGACAUGUUUCGAUAG